AUUCAAAAGAGACCCGUGCUGUACCUUGUAGUCUCGAAUCACCGUCGAGCUUCACCGCACAAACAACAACUGCGAGCUGCCACAGUGAUUAAACUGGAGUAAUUGUCCAGAUUGGGCAAAAAGCGGGGGAAGAAGGAGAAACAAGAAAAUGUUUUUUCACAUAGUGUUGGAGCGAAAUAUGCAGUUGCAUCCACGUUACUUUGGCCGUAAUCUUCGUGAUAAUCUUGUUGCCAAGUUAAUGAAAGAUGUGGAAGGCACUUGCAGUGGUCGACAUGGAUUUGUGGUGGCGGUUACUGGGAUAGAAAACAUUGGGAAAGGGUUAAUACGUGAUGGAACAGGGUUUGUAACAUUUCCGGUUAAGUACCAAUGUGUUGUCUUCAGACCGUUUAAGGGGGAGAUCUUAGAAGCUGUUGUCACCAUGGUGAACAAGAUGGGAUUUUUCGCUGAAGCUGGACCUGUCCAAAUCUUUGUUUCAAACCAUUUGAUUCCGGAUGAUAUGGAGUUCCAGUCUGGAGACAUGCCAAAUUACACUACUUCAGAUGGAUCCGUUAAGAUUCAAAAAGAUAGUGAAGUGAGACUAAAGAUAAUUGGGACUCGAGUGGAUGCUACUGAAAUUUUCUGCAUAGGUACCAUAAAAGAUGAUUUCUUGGGUGUAAUCAACGACCCUGCAACAGCUUAAAUGCACCUUUCUGUACCCUUCUGUCGUAUAUAGUUUGCACUUUGCAUGGCCUGGAUUGUUACGCCUGAAUUCUUUCAGACAUCAUGUUGAUGUAACUAUUGCUGGAAGUACCGAGUCGGCAAUGAGUUUACUUGGUUGCUGUAUCAAAUUCUCUUACUAAUUCACUUAUGUUUUUGUCUUCUGGAUGUAUAUUAAUUAAAUAGUACUGGGCUCAGUGUUGCAUCAGCCAACUUUGUAUUGCACCCAAAAUUAAGUCAUAAAAAUGAAGAGAACU